UCCGUUGCGUCUAUGAUUGCAGUCGAUGGCUCGAGCGCUAUUGAGAUGGGCUUCCUUCACUUCCCUCGAGACUUCCUCUCGUCUUCCUUUUGUCCAACUCCCGCGCCACAAGCUUAGCCUUCUCCUCCUCCACCACCGCCGCCGCUGCCGCCGCCGCUUCUAACUGCAUCCAUCUCUCCGGCGAGCAGCUCAUGGCGCAGCUGUCGAGGAGCGAUCGCAGCACAAGAAUUGGGCGAUGACUCUGACCCGAUUGCGGACUUUGUUGGCUCUCGAAGGACGGUGAUAAACCUGGAUGGAUACACACCUCCUUCAGAGCUUCUUCAGAUGCUACCUGCCAAGUCAACAAUUAGGGGUAAAGAUGUUGGUCCUCAGAUUGAUCCCAACAAUCCUAAAUUUGCUUUGGUACAUGGAAUGCAGGCUUUGUUAGACCUAAUAUUUGCUGUAGAAGGCUCUGUGUCAGAAACAGCAAAAAUAUUGGGGUGCAUUGCUUAUGGCUCCUUUUUGUAUCCAUGUAUAUCUGCCUAUAGAAUUUUUAAUACUUUGUGAAACAUACCAUGGAUUAUGCUAAGGACCAUACUGCAAAUGUGAAACCUUAGUACUUCAACUUGAUCAAGAUUCCUCUUUUCUUCUCUUGUUUCUUGUAGGAUUAAUGAAUUGAAUAAUUAUCUAACUAAAGUAUUUUUAUUUCUUUGGCCUUCUUUCUUUUCUGAGAGUUCAUUAAUCAAUAUCAAUGAUAUGAUAGUAAAUGCUUGGUGCCAUGUGUUUAUGUUGAUUGUGCAAAAGAAUCUGGAUAUAUAUAGUUCAUUAUGAUAUUGUUCUGUUUUGUUUUAUCUUAAUAAAGAGAUCUUCAUCUCUCUGUUCGUAGGCAAACAUUUGCAACUGAAAUUUGCUUAUUGCACUCAAUAUUAAGCAAUAACCUAUUUCCAUUUUUAGUUAUUUUGGAGGAAUGAUACAUGGAUUCCUGAACAAAAACUAGAUAAAAUAGCUCUUUGAUCAUAUUCUUUCUCCCUUUACACGAGAGAUUUGGGGAACUUGAUCAUUUGUUUACCUAUUUCAAAUCUCAUCGCCAUCACCUCAAACAAUCAUCAGCAUGCCAGCGGUGAGUGAUGAAACAAUCGGAUUCUAUCACAUCAUUUCUUCCACCAUACUAAUUCUUCACUUACUUUUCUCUGUGACAUCCUCCUAUUGUGGUACUGAGUGGUCAGAAACCAUUUCCUUUGUUAGAAUAAUUUGAAUGCAAAUGAGAGAUGACCAGUAGGGUAAAUUAUUUUGAAAUCGUUUUCUUGUUUUGCUUCCGCCUAGGUCUGAGUUUGUCCAAUGAAAUUUCACUCAGAGGAACAUUCAGGCCAUAGCCUGUUUGAUCCUUAUCAUAUUUUUUAACUCGUGUGGCAUUAUCAUUAGGUUUCUGGGCCAGCUAGCAGGUAGCUCUAGGUGGCACAAAUUUGCUGUAUCUGAAUGAUCUAAACAUUGAUUUGUUCUUUAACAUAGCAGUAAGAGCAUCAAACUUAAACUUGUACACAGCCUCAGUGCCUUCUUAAUCAUGUAGUACAAGCUAAGCACCGGUGCUUUGUCAAGGUUGAUACUAUCAGAUGAUUCUCUUAGAGUGGCAGUAAAUGAGCUGAGGACAUCCAAGGGAAUGAGGCCCCUCAGGUAAUGAAGUCUCUACAGCCUCAAACAACCAUCAUUUCACCAGGUUCUACAUCACCCUCAUCUACCUUCUAUCUUGUCUGCUGAUCCAUGGUUUUUUGGUGGCUGCUCUGCCUCCCCUAUCGUGAUAUCGAACAGAGGGUGGUGCUACAAGACUCCAAAUGCCAAUUGUCAUAUUUGUUUGUUGCAGAAAGAUUGACAUGCCAUUUUCUUCUAGGAAGUAAUAAACAACAGUAUGUUGGAUCCCGAAGUUAUUCCAGUAGUGAGAUGCAGACUCCACAUGUGAGGUGGUAUUACUUUUGUUACCCUUAUUAUUAGCUGAACAUGUGAACUCAGGAGACGAGGCUGUUGUUCUUAACGGGCUCCAUGGCUUCAUCUACCUUAAUCCUCUCGACCUCAAAUCUUAAAGCGCAUCGGCAUGUACCUGAUUUGGUAAACCGGAUGGUCGACGAUGCAAGAUUGAUGCGCGACCGCAUCCGCGACCGCCCCUCCUCCACUUGACGGUUUACCGUUUCACGACCGUUCCUUCUCCUCGUCUCCAUCCCUCCCAUCUCGUCUCGUUCUCCAUCCGACGGCUCUCCGUCCCCCAUCAAUCCAUCAACGUCCCUCAAAAGUGACAUUCUAUCCCAGCUAUAAAUAAAUCGAUUUCCGUCCCUCGCCAUCUAUCCCUUUCUCGCCGAGAUGUCCGGAAUUCUCAUACGAGGGAAGCUGAGGGCGGUCGCUGCCUCCGCCGCCCGCCACCACCACCAACGCCUCUGCCGCCAGAUCUGCUCCCGGGCUCCCUGCGAUCUCCUCGGCGGCGCCUCCCCCUCCCUCCGGCGGCAGGUGCGCCGCAGGUCGGGCGCCGGAGGAGGUACCGAUGCGACCCACCUUCGCCGGAUCCGGGCCGAGGCUAAUUGUCCUCGCUGCUCCAAGCACAUGGAGGUCCUCUUCGCCACUCAGCCUCCUUCGCCGUCGGCUGCCGCAACCGCAGCCGGAGGCGGCGACGUGCGCCGACGCGGCGGCGGGUACCAGGCUCUCAACCUCUGCCCUAGCUGCCGGUCCUCCUUCUACUUCCUGCCGAAUCGGCUCGUGCCGCUGCAAGGUAGCUUUGUCGAGAUAGGGAGAGUGACGGGGGUGGAGGAGGGCGAUCGCGAUCGAGAUGCUGCUGGCGGAGAGGUGCAGACUGGUGACCGGGUUAAAGCCUCGUUUUGGGAUAUGCUGCGGUCGAUGUACGGUGGGGAUCCUCCAGAGAAUUGGCCACCAAUGCCGGGCCUUCCAGUGCCGCCGUCGCCUCCGGGUGGGAAUGAACUAGCGGUCCACAAACCACCAGGACCGCCGUCCCAAGCUCAUCUGGAAUUAGCACGAGCAAAGAGGCAUGGAAGGAGUAGCAGAGGUGCAGGAUCUGCUGGUGGUGGUGGAGAAAGUAAGAAGGAGCCAUGGGGCGGGUCCAAUCUAGGGAAGGAUCUGCCGACUCCCAAGGAGAUAUGUAAGGCACUCGAUAAGUUUGUAAUUGGGCAGGACCGUGCCAAAAAGGUGCUAGCUGUGGCUGUCUACAACCACUAUAAAAGAAUCUCUCACUCAUCUACAAAGAAAGGUUCUGGGGUUGAUUCAGAUAAUGUUAAGGCAGAAAAAGAUGAAUAUGAUGAUGUUGAGCUAGAAAAAAGCAAUGUACUGUUGAUGGGCCCAACUGGCUCAGGGAAAACUUUACUAGCAAAAACAUUGGCCCGGUUUGUUAAUGUACCAUUUGUUAUUGCUGAUGCAACAACAUUAACACAGGCAGGUUAUGUUGGAGAAGACGUUGAAUCAAUAUUGUACAAGUUACUAGCGGCAGCAGAUUUUAAUGUGCAAGCAGCUCAACAAGGCAUUGUCUACAUUGAUGAAGUUGAUAAAAUUGCUAAAAAGGCUGAGAGUCUAAAUGUUAGCAGAGAUGUAUCUGGAGAAGGUGUUCAGCAGGCAUUACUGAAAAUGCUAGAAGGAACUAUGGUCAGUGUUCCUGAGAAAGGAGCUCGGAAGCAAUCUCGUGGUGAAACCAUACAGAUAAAUACUAAAGAUAUUCUUUUUAUAUGUGGUGGUGCUUUUGUUGAUUUGGAAAAGACUAUUUCAGAAAGACGACAAGAUUCAUCAAUAGGAUUUGGUGCACCUGUACGUGCAAACCUGAGAACUGGUGGGACCACCAAUUCUGCUGUAACAUCUACCUUGAUGGAAUCGGUUGAAAGUGGUGAUCUUGUAGCAUACGGUCUCAUCCCAGAAUUCAUUGGGCGCUUUCCAGUUCUGGUUAGUUUGUCAUCUCUAAAUGAAGAUCAACUUGUUCAGGUCCUAACAGAGCCAAAGAAUGCCCUUGGAAAACAAUACAAGAAAACAUUUAGUCUGAACGACGUAAAGCUGCAUUUUACUGACGCUGCUCUUAGGCUGAUUGCAAGAAAAGCAAUGGUUAAAAAUACAGGUGCUCGAGGUUUAAGAGCUAUUCUAGAAAGUACUCUUACUGAAGCAAUGUAUGAGAUUCCAGAUGUGAAGACUGGAAAUGAUCGAGUAGAUGCAAUUGUCGUGGAUGAAGAUGCCAUUGGCUCCCUUGACAAAUCAGGGUGUGGAGCUAAAAUUCUUCGAGGAAAUGGUGCGUUGGAGGGCUACCUCGCCAGAAACAAGGAAAACAAUGGUCAGUCGGAGAAUGAAGUGGAAGGAGAAUCUGAGCUUUCAUCCGUAGUUGUCAGCUUAUAGUUUCUUCCUGACCGGCUAAUACUAAUUGGUUAAAACAAACACACCACUGCAGCUGAAAAUAUUCUUCUAAAGCAGAUUUGCUAAGAAAUCGAAAUCAUAGUUCUUAACCUGCCAAGUCUUUUUUGCUGUCAGCAGGCAUAAUAGGAUAAUCACUCAUAAAGGCCACGAGAUGGAGAGUCCCAGCUAGCAAACCGAUGUGUUAGUAUCUCAAUUCUUUUUACUAUCUUAUCUGUAUUGUAAUUUAUCAUUGUUGUAAGCAAGCAUGGCUUUUUCCAUUGAAAAUUGCCUCCUUCUAACCUUACGAUGCA